AUGGAUAAGGCUGAGUACUGCAAAAAACGAGGCAACCUCUUGAUGGACAAGGAAGCUUAUGCACCAUCGACUGUCAGUGAGUUCAAAAAGCUCGUAAACAGCAUAAACAAGACGAUCGGCAAGCUGAGGAAGGCGGGCGCUCUUACUAGAAGGGAAGCGCUGGCCGCAAAGGCCAGUGAUGUCACAAUGGCGCGCUUCUACGGCCUACCAAAGAUUCACAAACCGGGAGUGCCGCUACGUCCCAUCGUCUCCUUACGUGGUGUCCCAACCUUUGGGCUGUCAAAGUGGCUGAACCAGCGACUUUGUUUCCUUACCAAGGAUUCAGAGUGGACAGUGAAGUCGGCUGAAGAGUUUUUGUCGCGCAUCAAACGUCUCGAAGUUGAGGCAGAUGAGGUGAUGGUGUCUUUUGACGUGAUCUCAUUGUUCACCUCCAUCUCACCCGCGCUGGCUAUCGACACUAUUGACGGUUUUCUCCGAGAAAAGUAUGAUGAGACCAAUCAACAGCUCAAACGAGUUCACAUCAUCGAGCUCCUAAAACUAUGUCUUAAAACGUUCUUUACAUUCAACGGCCAGGUUUACGAGCAAAAGAAGGAGACACCGAUGGGCUCGUCUCUAUCUGGAUUAAUUGCCGAAGCGGUUUUGCAGAGGCUUGAGCGGCUGGUUUUCAGCUCGUACCCCCAAACUUCUGGGCCAGAUACGUCGACGACACUUUCGUUAUCAUCAAAAGGAGCGAUGUGCAGACUUUCAAGGCACUGUUGAAUUCAAUCUUUCCUGACAUCCAGUUUACUAUGGAAGAAGAGCUCAACAAUCAGCUGGCCUUCCUUGAAGUACAAGUGAGAAAGCUGGAGGACGGGAAGAUAAGGACAAUGGUAUACCGCAAGGCAACUAACACCAGGCGAAUCCUCCACUUUAAGAGCAGCCACCCCUUUGGUCACAAACGCAGUUGUGUCAGAACCCUCUUCCAACGCGUUCAAACACACUGCAGCGACGAACACGGGAGGAAGGAGGAGAUUAAGUACUUGCACGCCCUAUUUAAAGCCAACGGUUAUCCCAAGUCCUUCAUACGCAAGUGA